AUGGUUGGAAAGAGGUCUGGAAAGGCACUCCUUCGGGAGGAAGGCCUUGAGAGGACUGACAACAAUAUGGAUCUGACUACAUGGCCCCAAAUCAACCCAAUCAAUCAGAAGAACUACUACACUGACUACCUCAAACGAGAUGAUCAGAUUCUUCCUCUACGCCUUCUACAGGAAGAGCGCCGAAAUAGAAUGACCGCCAAAGCCAGAGACAGAGACCGAGAGCUUGCUCAAGCUAAUCCGAAUGAUGCACUACCUAGCGGCGCGGAUCUGGACAUGGACGACGAUGCCGGCAUGGAGGAUGCUGGAGAGCCGCUGACAGGCCAAGAUGCUCUGGGAUCGAAAGUAAUCGUGAUUCACCCCGGGAGCCAGAAUCUGCGCAUCGGCUUGGCAAGCGACGCUUUGCCCAAAACGGUGCCCAUGGUCAUCGCAAGGAGAUGGGAGAUGAGCGAGUCCGAGGAAGAUGGUGGUGAGCCAAGUCCAAAACGCAGGAGGACGGACGACGGCUCUCAAAUGGAGCCAGAAAAAACGUUUGGCGAAGAGGCAAGUGCGCGAAUCCGCUACGAGAAUUCUUCCACUGACUCGAGCGUAGUUUGCAGGCCAAUAUAA